UCACUUUUUGUCAUUUUCAAAUUUCCCGCCGUUCCGUCCCCCGUACGUCCCAGGGAACAGAACCCAGAAGACAGAUGCCGGCAUCGGCCGGAGGACAUUACAGGGGACACUGCAGGAGGGACAUCGCGGGAGCGCAGAACAAGGUAAGUGAUCGAGGAGCAGCACCGCAUGGUAAGCCCGAGUGUAGCUUGGGAUUACCGCUUUUGGUACUGAAACUUUACCCCGAGCUACACUCAGGAAUACCCCAGGGGGUUAAACACCAUCGACUCUCCCUUCCUCAC